GGAAAGCAGACGACUUUCUUCAUCUAAACCACGGUCAAACCCUACUCCCCUCUUUUCUGAAUUCUGAUCCACUCUUCUUCCAAUUUACCCUUUUCGUUCUUGCUUCUUCAACUUCCUUUUCAUCAAUCUCAUUUUCACAACAACUAGAUCCCAUUUCCCCAAUCUGCAAGCAAGAAACACCUAAAUCAACGCGUUUCUCUAUCGUCUUCCCACUUGCAAUCAUAGUCUCAUACUCACGGAUCCUGAUUCGCAUCUUCUUUUCUUUAUAUGGCUUCUGAUUCAUUCCUUUUCGUCAAUUGUUGUGAGCUAUGGAUUUGGUUUGUUAGAUUAUCUGGGUGAACACAAUUAAACGGAUCUUUCAAUUUUGGGUGUUUAAAAUGGGAGGAGUAUGUACCGGUGGGACGUUGAAGCGGAGCACGGCGGCGGAUUACGGCAAUGAUAAGGGUAGUGUGGAGUUUUCAGGGAAGCUGAGGUCGGUCAAGAGCUUUAGUAAUCAUCAUCAGCAGCAGCAGCAGAAGAAGAAUGAUUAUAAUGAUGGUAAUGGUAAUGGUAAUGAUGAUUCAAUCUUAUCUUCUUCUUACACACAAGAUGAUGAUCUGUAUCAUAGGAAAACGACAUCGUACGAUUCCGGUGAACUGUUCUUCUCGAUUUCAAGAGAAUUGAAACCCUCCACCCCUGCUAGGGUUGGGGCUAGCAAGGCACCUCAUGUAAGCACGUUUCUUGGUAAAGCUGGUAGCGUAGGUCUUGAGGUCUUGGACACUCUUGGAAGCAGUAUGUCAAAUUUGAAUUCUCACAGUGGAUUUGUAUCUAAUACGGCUUUAAGGGGGAAUAAAGUAUCUAUUUUGGCAUUUGAAGUAGCUAAUACUAUUGUCAAGGGUUCCAAUUUGAUGCAAUCCCUUUCGGAAGAAAACAUCCAGAUCCUUAAAAAGGAGAUUUUGCAUUCAGAAGGGGUGCAGUUGUUGGUUUCUACGGAUAUGAAGGAGUUAUUAUGUAUUGCAGCUGCUGACAAGAGAGAGGAAUUUGAAAUUUUCUCGAGAGAGGUGGUGAGAUUUGGAGAUAUGUGCAAGGAUCCACAAUGGCAUAAUCUGGAUCGUUUCUUCGUCAGAUUGGAUCUGGAUCCUGUAACAAACAAACAACUUAGAGAGGAGGCUGAAAUUACAAUGCAAGAACUUGCAAAUCUGGCUCAGCAUACUUCUGAAUUGUACCAUGAGUAUCAUGCUUUGGACAGAUUUGAACAAGAUUAUCGGCGUAAGCUUGAGGAAGUUGAAUCUUUGCAUCUUCCUCGAAAAGGAGAGAGUUUGAUGAUAUUACAAAGUGAGCUAAAGCAUCAAAGAAAACUUGUGAGGAACUUGAAAAAGAAAUCUCUUUGGUCCAAAAGUUUGGAGGAGGUUGUGGAGAAACUUGUAGAUGUUGUCACCUUCAUUCAUCAAGCAAUAGCCGAGGCUUUUGAAGAGAACGCUACAAGUUCAACAAUGAAUGGCAAGGAUCCUAAUAAGAAACGUGAAAGACUAGGCGUCGCUGGUCUUGCUUUACACUAUGCCAACUUAAUCACUCAAAUGGACAACAUUGCAUCUCGUCCUACCUCCUUGCCUCCUAAUAUGAGGGACACAUUAUACAACGGUUUACCAGCCAGUGUGAGGGCUGGUUUACGUUCUCGCGUACAAGCUCUUGAUUCCAAAGAAGUGAUGACAAUGCCUCAAAUUAAAGCGGAGAUGGAAAAAAUUCUUCAUUGGCUCGUUCCUGUAGCUACCGAUACCACCAAAGCUCAUCAAGGUUUCGGGUGGGUCGGAGAGUGGGCAAACACUGGAAACGAGUUUGGGAAAAAGACAGCAGGUAGUAACAACAUUAUUCGGCUGCAAACACUGUAUCAUGCCGAUAAACAAAAGAUGGAUCGAUAUAUUCUCGACUUGAUCAUCUGGCUUCACCGUCUGAUUAGCCUGGUGCGAUAUAGAGACAACAUACCCAAAUACACACCUUCUCGAUCUCCUCCAACUUCAAAGACGUUAAAUCUGCACUCCAAUGGUAAACACAAAAGGAUAGAGAUUUCUUCGGAGGACAAGAAUCUUCUGGAAGAAGUUCCGAAACGGAGAACAUUGGUUCCGGGAGUGAGCAAAAGUCAAGAAUUUGUGAUGGUGAAGAAGAAGAGGAGAGCUGAGAUAUUUGCAUCAAGUAGAAGCAUGGGGAGCUCACCAAGGAGAGAUCUGAAGUAUGCAAAUGCUAAUAUGCUGGAUGUGUUAGAUGGGAUUGGUACAACCAAUUAAACCCAUUUUUGGUUUAUAUUUGUUCAUUAUGAUGUAUUUGUUAUGAAAAGUUGCAUGAAUAUGUAUAUGUAUAUAUGUAUAAAUCCUUUAUGAGAGGCUUCUAGUGCAUUAUAACAAGUGUUAAUUGGCCAUAGCUUGAGCUGUUGAAUUCAAA